AUGAGUGAUUCUGAAGACGUUUUUGAUGGAAUAGACGAUAAUGAUGACAUCAAGAAUAAUUUUACAUUCCAAUCCUUCUGUUUUUACUUGGAAAAACACAAAAAUUUGGAUCUGGAGGCGUUUUCUGGUCUGGUACAUCAAUAUAAACAGAACUCACCAUCGUCAAUAUACAAUUUGAUCAGAUUAUUUUUACCGGCACAAGAUAAAAGAACGUUUUAUCUUACUUCAGUAAGUUUUUGACUAACUGUAAUAAUAUUCUUAGAGGAGUCUGAAGAAAGUUUUGAAUUCGGUCAUUACAACAAAGAUUACCGAUUACAACCCAAGUGCAGAGGUAUUUGCUGAUGCUUUAUAUCAAGAAUAUCAUGGACAAGAAUCUUCUGACACUUUGGCUAAAGUUAACAAAUUUCUGGAUGUCUUGGAAAGCCGGCGAUCGCAAAGUAAUUAUAAAAUUGUACUAAAAUUGAAUAUAUUAAUAUGAAUAUUGUUUGACAUUAAUAAUUAUAUUUUUUAGGAGGACAGAUAUUUCAAAAAAUUGGGAAAAACAUGAACAAGCUUCAGCUAACUUAUCUUUUCCACAUUAUUUUGUGUGAUAUGGCAGAGUUUGUUACUGGAAAGAAGAAUGGCACUACUAUAAUAUUGUCUUAUGUAUCUGUUGUGGCUAAGCAACUUUUAAGCGCUGGGUUUGAUUUAAGGAGUAUAUGUGAUGGGUUGGAAGUAGAAGGGACCAAUGAGAAGAAAUUGGCUAGCUGUUUGAUAUUGGGGAAGCCUAUUCGGCCUAUGUUAUUGUCUAGACUGUCAUCCUCUAAUGAAAGUUUGCUCAAAGUAAGGGAAUUAGUUGAUUUCAGAGAUAGAAUACGCUUUUAAAUAUUUUAUUGCCGGGUUUUAAAAGUUUUUUUUAAUUUGUAGGUGAUAAGACAUUGUGGUAGACCAUUCUACGUGGAGACGAAAUUUGAUGGAGAACAUUUUAUAGUUCAUCGUAUAGACAGCGAGAACUACAUGUACUACAGUAGGAAAGGCAAUGAUUACACUGAGAACUUUGGCCCAGACAUGAAUUCUGGGUUUUCUGCCAGAAUUCACAAGCUAUUCAAAGACAAUGUUGUUGAUUGUGUUCUGGAUUGCGAGUUUGUCAUCUGGGAUGUUCAAAAGCGAGCGAUAGGUAAAAUCAGAAGUAAAAUAAAACAUCUAUUAUAUAAACAAAGUUUUUGUAAUAGCAGCAGUCUUUUAGUGGGAAAGAAUCGACGAACUUCAGAAGGUCGAGUUUUGGACGUCAAGUAUUUGGAUGACAACAAAUCUUUUCAAAGAUGUCUGGUAGUAUUUGACGUGCUAAUGUACAAUGGAAAAGGUCUUAUGCACACGUAUUUGGAGAAAAGAUUGGAAGUAUUGAACAAAAAUAUAUUUAAAAACGAAGUUCAAGGCACCUUACUUAUCUCUCAACCCAAAGAAAUAACCAAAGUUUCUGACUUUUUUGACUUCUACAAGUCGCAUAUGGAAGGUGGUGAAGAGGGCGUUGUGGUUAAGGUAUGGUAACGGCGAUAUUUAUGAUAUGCAUGUAAAUUAACGUUAUUUCAGGGCAAACAAACAUGGUAUAAGUUUGGGCAAAGGGCGAUCGUAAAUGGAUGGUUCAAAGUGAAACCGGACUAUGGUGUCAGGUUGACUUUGGACUUGGCUUGUGUUGGGGUUAGAUACGAAGAUGUGAAACAUACGAAGAUAAAGGCUUUUGUUAUUGCAGCAAGUACUGGUAAGAGAUAUUGAAUUUUUUAAAAGUUAAAAAAUUGGUUUGAUACUAUUACACAUUUAUUGAAAUGUACUACAAUAUUGUUGAUAAGAAUUGAUAUUACGUACUUUAAGCACGUUUGAAAUUCGUAUUUUAGGUGACGGUCAAUUAAGGGUUGUUGGUGGAGUUCAAUCUUCUCUAAGGAAGUCAGAAUUUGAACAGUUAAUACAAUCUUUGGACUUAAGGGCAAGUGGUACGACAACAAGACCGUACUGGAUUCCAGGAGUGUCGCAGGACAAAACUAUUAAAUAUGCAAAUGUAGACAACGUUCAAGUGGUUGAAGUCAAGGCUUCUGGGUUAAUAAAUGGUCGGCUCCAGUUUCCUGUCAUUACUUCACUGAGGAACGAUAAAUUUGUUGAUGAAAUUAACUUCUACUCUGAUGUCAUGUCAUAUGAGACGGUAAGGGCGAUUUGUGUUAAAUUAGUUUAGUCAUUACUCUAAGUUUUUUGAAAGACUCUGUGGUGAUAAUAUUACUGUAGGACUUACGAGAACGGAAAAGGCGGAAUUCUGGAGAUGAAUUUGUUUUGUCUAAAGCUAAGAAGAAGAGGAUUGUACCUGGAACCUUGAAUGCGUCUACAGUUGAGAGCUGUUACAAUGACAUUAAAGUGUACGUCGUGGAUGAUUUCCGAGAUUCAAAGAGAGUAACGGCCUUAAAGGGGGCUCUGAAGAACUUUGGAUUUUUUAUAAGCGAAAAUUACAGUAAGUUUAGUUUGAUUAAAUUUAUGAAAUUUUUUUAUUUAACAUACUGUUAUAUUAGUGUGCAGGGACGUCGCUACGGAUUUUCUCUGGGGGAGGGGGAGGUCGAAAAAAACUUUUUUGUUUUUUCGCGUACAGGUCCCUACCUGUGGAAAUUUUUUCGGAUCGGCUUUGGGGGAGGGGGUACCUUCCCCUUACCCCCUCCCUCAAACGACGUCCCUGUUAGUGUGUAACUUUACAUUAUUUUUAGCGGAGUCCGUUAUGUUUGUUGUUUCCAUGUCUCAAAACUCUCGAAAGUGCCAAAAACUGAUGCAAAUUGGUGGAUUGAAUAUUAUUAAAGCAUCUUGGGUUGAUAAGUGUGUCAACUCUAGCCAAGUAAUUGCAUGGUAUGUUACAACAAUGAGCUAUGAUACUAACAUAAGUUACUUUAUAGGAAUGACGAUGAUUAUUUGAUGAAAGCGACAAAUUCACGAUACGUGCUGGAAGAGAGUAAAGGUUUUGUUGAUGAAAAGAUUGAAGUUGAUGAUUCGAUUGGAGUUUGUAACUCUGGUUAUAAUGCAGGGAGUCCAUCUUUUACUGAAGGUAUAACAACAGAAUUUGAGGAUGUAGAUUAUACUGAAGAGCUGGAUGCUGCGGGUGAAUUGGAAACUAGGUACGAGGAGAUAGAACAGAUGCUUGAAGGCAAAGCAGAAGACGGGGAAGAAGGGCACGGUGAUUUACCAGAGACUUCUUUAUCCACACACGAUGAUAUUCUGAAGAUGGACGAAAUGACACUUCAUGAUUACCCAGGACUUGACGAUGGUUACGUGUUCCAAGAUUUGAACUUUUACAUGCCAUUUAAAGAUGAAAAUGUUCGAAAUAUGAUUGAAGAUAACGGUGGUAAUGUCCUCAAGAAUCUGAACAAAAGUGUGACUCACAUUACAUUCACUCAAAAGUAAGUUCAGUUUGAUAUUAUUAUACGUUUGUUAUUGACUAUUUAAAGUUAUUGUUAACAUCCUUUUAUUAUAUUGUAGGUACGAUUUCAAAAAUGACCCUUUGAAGUUGUUGCCAUUCCUAAAUGUCAAGAUGUACCAAUGUGUCUUAACCGAUGUUAACUGGGUUCAAGAAGCGAUUCAGGAGAAAGAACGCUACAAGGUUUCGCUUGCUAUUGUGGAACUUUCUGCCUAA